AUGGCCCCUGAGCUGCAGCUCCCUGGGGGACGGAGAAGCCCGAGGUCUUUGUUUUCUCCUUGGCCGGAUGGGGCCCGGCGAUCUCCGGGCUCUCAGCUCUGUGCCCUGCUCCACCGGGGAGGGGGGACCGGUGGUGGAGGCACCUCUGCAGCUCCUGAGCACCCUACGCCACUCUCCCUGCAGGUGGGGACCAACGGCGUCAUCUCCACCCAGGAUUUCCCCAGGGAGACCCAGUACGUGGAUGACGAUUUCCCCACAGACUUCCCUGUCAUCGCUCCCUUCCUGGCCGACCUCGACACCUCCGGUGACAGAGGGAACAUCUACUACCGGCAAGACGACUCUCGGGACGUGCUGGACCAGGCCGCGGGUUACAUCCAGGCUGGGUUCCCCCGCACCGCCGGCUCCUUCAUGCCCACCAACGCAUUCAUCGUCACCUGGGAGGACGUGGGCGCCUACCAGGAGCUCUUGCAAGACACCAAACCCUCCCAGAAGCUCAACACCUUCCAGGCGGUCAUAGCCUACGAUGAUGAAGACACCUACGCCAUCUUCCUCUACCCCGAUGGUGGCCUCCAGUUCCUGGGGACGCGGCCCAAGGAGUCCUACAACGUUCAGCUGGAGCUGCCGGCCAGGGUGGGCUUCAGCCGGGGGGACGGCGAUGACCCAAAGAGGGACGGGCUCUUCCACAGCCUGGCCAGCAGCGAGCAGGCUCUGAGGCAGCUGGAGCGGUGCAGCAACGCGGGGGUGCCCGGUGUGUGGGUCUUCCACGUGGGCAGCGCAGCGCCCCUGGAGCACGUGGAGCCAGGGGGCAGUGGGGGAGCCAGCCCCGGCGUGCCACAGAGCCCCGAGCCCCAUGCCCCCGGCACCGCCGAUUACGCCCGUGCACUCUACAGCCGUGCCGACCACGCGUCCACUGAGCUGCCGGCGAAGCACGGCUCGGAGGCCAUGUCACUGCAUCCCGAGCAUGCACCCCGCACCCCGGCGCUGCUGGGCAUCGGCCCCAGGGGGCUGCCCAUGUCCCCGGGGCAGGAGCGGAGCCGCCGGCUGCACCCCGAUGGGGGUGGUGGUGCCCAGCAGAGCUACUCCCCCAACCCCUCUUCCUACAGCUCCGGGCAUCACGGCGUUGGCGUGGAGGAAGACGUGCAUUUUAACCCUGACGUGUUCACCUACAGCGCGGCCAGCAAGGAGACGUGCGCCCAGCACCACGGGAGCUGCUCCCCCAACGCCUUCUGCACCGACUACGCCACCGGCCCCUGCUGCCACUGCCGGGCCACCUACUAUGGCAACGGGCGGCAGUGCCUGCCCGAAGGAGCCGUGCAUCGCCUCAAUGGGAAGGUGAGCGGGAGCCUGAUGGUGGGACGGGCGUCCGUCCGCUUCCAGGACGUCGACUUGCACGCCUACAUCGUGGGCAGCGACGGCCGAGCCUACACAGCCAUCAGCGGGGUGCCCCAGCCUGCUGCCCGCGCCCUCCUGCCCCUCCUGCCCAUCGGCGGGCUCUUCGCUUGGCUCUUCGCCCUGGAGGAGCCCGGCUCCGAGAACGGCUUCAGCAUCACCGGUGCCGAAUUCACCCAGAGCCUGGAGGUGACCUUCUACCCUGGGGAGGAGACGGUCCACAUCACCCAGACAGCCGAGGGCCUGGGGCCGGACAAUUACUUAAGCCUUAAGACGCACAUCCAGGGCCAGGUGCCGUUUCUCCCGGAGAACGUCACCGUCCACAUCGCUCCCUACAAGGAGCUCUACCACUACUCCAGCUCAGCCGUGACAUCCUCUGCUCACCGGGAGUAUGUCCUGGCCGCGGGGACCGCCAACCAGACCCUGUCCUACCACCUGCGCCAGAACAUCACCUUCGCCGGCUGCCCGCACGCCCGCCUGCCCGCCUGGCAGCGGCUGAGUGUGGUGCGCGCCUUCGCCCUCUACGACGGCCAGGAGCACGUCCUGCGCUACGCCCUUGCCACCCGCGUCGGCUCGGCACGAGACGAUGCUGAGAAGCCCCCGGUGAACCCAUGCCACGACAACACGCACGCAUGUGAGGCCACGGCACGCUGCCAGCCCGGCGUGGGGAUGGAGUACACGUGCGAGUGCGCGGCCGGGUACCGCGGAGACGGACGGGGCUGCCGAGAAGUGGACGAGUGCGCAGAGGGCCUGAGCCAGUGCGGCCCCUUCACCGUCUGCCUGAACGUGCCGGGCAGCUACCGGUGCGAGUGCCGCAGCGGGUACCGGCCGGCGGAGGACGGGCAGGCGUGUGUGCCACUGGCACCGGUGACCAACCCCUGCGAGGACGGGAGCCACCCCUGUGCGCCGAGGGACCGGGCGCGCUGCCUGCCCCGCGCCGGGGGCCGCCCCGCCUGCGAGUGCCUCCCCGGGUACGCUGGCGAUGGCAUCGACUGCUCCGACGUGGACGAGUGCGCCGAAAAUCCCUGUCACCCGGCUGCCACCUGCUACAACACGCCGGGCUCCUUCUCCUGCUGGUGCCAGCCUGGCUACGAGGGCGAUGGCUUCCAGUGCGCGCACGAGUCCGUCCAGCAGCUGACCCCCUGCGAACACGAGCGGCUGUACCCACGGGCGGUGCUGCCGGGACCCUCGCCCGUGGGCGACAGGCACGUGCCCCAGUGCGACGAGGAGGGUCGGUACCGGCCCCUGCAGUGCCACGGCAGCACCGGGCACUGCUGGUGCGUGGACGCCGCGGGACAGGAGAUCGCCGGCACGCGGACGGCGCCAGGCAGCACGCCGCCUCGCUGCGGGAGCCCAGAGCCCACAGAGCGGCCCCGCACCAUGUGCGAGCGCUGGCGGCAGAGCUUGCUGGAGCACUACGGGGGCAGCCCCCGCAGCGACCAGUACGUGCCGCAGUGCGACGCGGGGGGCGACUUCACCCCGCUGCAGUGCCACGGGGACAGUGGGUACUGCUGGUGCGUGGACGAGAGCGGCAGGGAGAUCCAUGGCACGCGCUCGGAGCCCGGCAGCACCCCGCCAUGUCUCCCCAGCAUCGCACCGCCCAGCGUCCGGCCCUCGCCCCGGCCCGACGUCUCCCCACCGGCCACGGGGACCUUUCUGCUCUACGCUCAGGGACAGCAAAUCGGUUACCUCCCGCUCAACGGGACACGGCUGCAGAAGGAGGCGGCAAAGACCCUGCUCUCCCUGCAUGGCUCCAUCGUGGUGGGGAUCGACUAUGACUGCCGGGAGAAGACGAUCUAUUGGACCGAUGUGGCCGGCCGGACCAUAAGCCGGGCAAGUUUGGAGCCAGGCGCCGAGCCGGAGACCGUUAUCAACUCAGGGCUGCUCAGCCCCGAGGGGCUGGCGGUGGACCACUUGCGCCGAGCCAUGUUCUGGACCGACAGCGGCCUGGAUAAGAUCGAGAGAGCCCGGCUGGAUGGCUCGGAGCGACAGGUGCUCUUCGACACGGAGCUUGUCAACCCCCGGGCCAUCGCAGUGGAUCCCGUCCGAGGCAACCUUUACUGGACGGACUGGAAUCGUGAAGCUCCCAAAAUCGAAACGUCCACCGUCAACGGAGCCAACAGGAGGGUCCUGGUGAACAAGGACAUCGGGUUGCCCAACGGCCUGACGUUUGACCCCUUCUCCAAGCUGCUCUGUUGGGCAGACGCAGGAACGAAGCACCUGGAGUGCACCUUCCCCGACGGCACGGGCCGGCGCGUCAUACAGAACAACCUCAACUACCCCUUCAGCAUCAUUAGUUACGCCAACCACUUCUACCACACGGACUGGAGACGGGAUGGCGUGAUAGCGAUCGAUAAAGAAAGCGGCUCCUUUACCGAUGAGUAUCUCCCAGAGCAGCGAUCACAUCUCUACGGAAUAACUGCGGUUUAUCCCUACUGCCCCGGAGCGCGGAAAUAG